AUGAGGUAUAUACGGAAACGUUACCCACCACAAGUCCUCCCACCUGUGACCGAGGACGAAGACGAUUUAACCGAGUAUGAUUGGGUGGAAAUGAAAAGAGCAGCCAAAAAGAAACCUGUCCUGUAUGAAAUCUGGAUAGACAUCCAAAAUAGAGUGAUGAGUGAAGACGCUACGGCACAAGUUGGAAGUAGAGGGGCGAGGAGUGGCAAGGGUGGUUGGCCUUUGGCAUAUAUCCCAGACCCCUCACGAUUGGACAUUCUGAUCCGGAUGCCAACACAACUGCCACAGCCAUCAACUACACCAUUAGACUCUAAUGAAAUCGAGCCACAACACGAAGUUUGGGCCGAGGAGAUUGACCGAGAGAGGAAGGCAGCCCUGUCAUACCCCCAGCAGUACGGUGUCACCUCUCAGGGAUGA